GAGACCGGGUGGAAAACGGCUUUGGCUGCCAGUGUGCCUGUGGGGCAUUCACGGAGAAGGAGUGCUGAAAUUCCUCCUCAAAAGCUUUUGUCAGUGCUGGUAAAGGCCAUGAGAAAUGCUCAACCAAAAUAUCUCCACAGAAGGGGUGUAAGUCUUCUCUGACUCCCCAGCUUCAGGUGCCUGGCAUUCCAAAAUCACCUAGCUUCUUCCAAGUCUGGGAGUUCCAGUGAGAGUUUGGCAUUCACGACUGCUGAGUACCUGUCUGCAUUUUUGAGCGAUUAAAUGUCUUCAGAAAUCAGUUCCCUGAACUGCUCUGGAUUGGCUGGUGUUGUGGCAGAGCCUGAUUCCCUUCCUUUGUCCACGCAGUUUAGGACCAAAUCCGACAGCAUUUACUCAGGCUGAGCUUUUACUGGCAUCAAAAGAGCCUCUUACAUCAGUCAGAUGUAAUCUGGGUGACCUCAUAGAUUUUUGUGUCUCAGUCUUCUGAGAUUUGUACCAUGAAGUCGAGGCAGUGGCUUUUAUUGGCAGCACUGCCUUUGGGCCAGACCUUGACUUAUUUGAAGUCAAGAAGCUAUGCUGCUUUCCUGGAGCUGAAGGAAAUGUGGCCCAGUGCAUGUGAGUGAGCAGCUGAGAAGGGAAUUCCACAUUCUGAUCUUAUCGGCGUGGAUGCAGCUCUGGAGCAACCUCCCUGACCUUAGUGGAGAUGCUCCAGCUUCUGGCCACUGCAGGCAGUCAUGGAUGCUGACCCUACCCAGCCUCGGAUAGAGCAGAUUUUAGAGGCUGGAGUAUCUCCUCGAGCUGAUUUUAUCGAGGAGGAAUUUAUCUCUGACUGAGGAGUGGGACUCUGCAGUUCCCCGGGUAUGUGACCCACAGCGAAUCUGGGAGAGGAGCUCCCCUACAUCUACCACCUCUCUACAGCAAUGAGUCGUUCACCAUAUGCCCUCUGUAAUUCCUUCUUGCCCAUCAGUUUAGUAGCAGACCUUCACAGAAGCUCCAGAGUUGAGUGUUUCGCUUGGAUAAACUUGCCUUUGGGUGCAGAGCCAAUGUUUUGCUUUACUUUUCCGGCAGUGUUGGAGGCUGUGUCUGCACAUCUCAGUUUAACUGGGGCUGGAGCUUUAGUUAGGAACAGGAAGCUGCUUUAAUGUGUAAGAAUGUGCCUGUGGGAGGGUGUUUCAGACUCAGCAGCCUUUGCUUUCAGCCAGGCAGGGGGUGCAGUUCCCUGGCACGUUUGACUCACCCUGUUACCCCCCUAAAUGUGUGCGAGUACCUCCACACAUCCUCCUAAAGGCCCUGCUGCUUCUCUCCCGUUUCUCCCUUCUCCAUGAGCGCUUGGAUGUGGAGCUCACGAGCGUUGCCUGUGAUUUGUAGCCCUGUAGCUCAGGGGAGAGCCCAGCUACUGCCUGAAGCCUUGCCCUGCGGAUCCCCUUGGUUACCUGCCGUGCCUCAUUGUCCACGUUCCAUUUGGAUAAUCGGGCUCACGGAGCAGCGUUCCUGCUGCCAGCCACCCAGUUCCUCCUAAGCACUGAACGAGGCAAGGAAAACACAUUCCUUCCAUUGUUUCCAAGUCUCUCCUGUUGCAAGUUGCUGUGUGUUGGAUAUUGGGGUGUGAAAGAAUCUAAGCUAUGCUUGGUUUCUGUCUUUUUAACUAAUUUACUGACUAGAGAAGAAUGAGAAAAAAUGAUUUGAAUUGAGCCCGUGGGACUGGUUCAUCAGUCUGGAUAAAUCAGUGCAGCUCUGCAGAGCCACGGGCAGGGAAGCCACUGCAGGCUCUGGCCGCUAGGAUUUUCUGCCCGUGCUCUGGGAGAUGAUGUGAAUCCCUGGAGAAGACAGGGAAUAACAGGGUCCUUCUCAAAGACUGCAAGUCAGUCAGCUGCUUCUUUUCCAUGUGUGUUCUUUCUUCCUCUUUUUGCAGCAAAGGAAACAGUAAAAUUAUAGAAAGAAGAGGAAAGUUGCAGAGAGUCUUUAAUCCUGUGCUCCCCAGCUCCUCUUUGUAACCUGUGCAUGGUCUAAGUACCUCUUGGUACUUAGCCUAGUACUAAGGCUCUCUUGGCUUCUCCAUGUCCAAGCUGCAGUCCUGUGGGAACAGCGCAGAUGGACUAUCCUGGUGGCAAGCGCUUCACAAAAUAGAGAUCUGAAAUACUCCUCAUUUUCCAAUUUUAAUCACACUUAUUGUGUUGCUUGAUAAUGCUGUCUUCAAAAUAGAAAGCUGUCAGAAGAUCCUGCUAGGACAAAGUCCUUGAACCCAGUAAUCAAGAAGAGUGAAGUUUGUAUACAUCACCUCUGUUCCUGCCAAAGCAUGUGUCUGGUUAGUGUCAGGGAAUGCCAGUGGGACCCUUUCUUUGUGUAGGGAAAGGUCCUCAAUCUAAAUAUUGCCUGUCAGCCCUGCACUGGGGUGAAGGGAAGACGGAGCCGCAGCGCACAGCCCGGCUCCGAGCCCUGCACUCCUUGUUUCCUUUGCUGGACACUGGAUAAAUGCCUUUCUUGGAUUAGAUAGCCUGGGAGUUCCCAGAGAUAUGUGAUAACACAGAGGUGUGACUUGCAGGACCAAUAAUCAUUAAUUACAAUGUUUGACUGUUCCUAAGUUCAACGAAGGAGCGCCCGUUGCUCACAGCUGCCAUCACCUCUGAGCGAUCCCAGCACUUCCAUCUGUAGCCUGUGGCUGAACACACUUCUGUCAGGAAAAGCCGGUAGAAAAAGUCUGUCUCUAGAUGCACAUCUAGAUGACGGUUGUCAUCUCUGCUUCCACACAGGGAUUUUCUUCCCAGUGGUAUGGUGGAGAGUUUUUUCCAAAGAGUUCGUGAUGGUAAUGGUAGGAAUUCUAAGCAGAAACCUCUGAUUCUCUUCUUCCUGAUCCCAGAGAGACUUCAGGGAGAUUGGUACCUGUCUCCCAAUUCCCAGAUGGCACUCAGGGCCCAGUCUGAUGCAACCCAGACCUCCCCAGUGAUGCUUAUCAAAGGGGAAAAACAAAUGGUGUCUGAUGUGUCAGCUGGAAGCACUACACAGGCACAACGCCUGCCUCUGGGAAAGGAGCUGGAGAGAGCAAUGAGGCUGGACCGGUCUGCGACAGAGCCCUGAACUGGCAUGAAGGGUUUUGCUUAAGGGAUUUUUUUCCUUUUUUUUUGGUUUAAGACUGAAACUGCUAAAAACUGUGAGAUAGUCCACAGGGAUUUGCUGCGUGGGGAGCUGUUCUCUAGGAGCUGCAAAAUGAACAUAUGGUGGAAAAGCAGGUUGUGUCCUGGUAUGAGAAUAUUGAGAAUAUUGACACACUUCACCCAAGUGUUCUCAAGUGAAGGGUUUUUCAGUGUGUUUUUUACUUAGAGAAAGUUGUCAUCUAAGCUUUGGGGGGUGGGGGGUGUGGGUAUGAUUCUCCCUUUCCCCUACAGAUGAGGAGACACUGUUGGCCAAGAUCCAUGAUGUGAAAUAUCAUUUCACAGACUUCAGGUCUUUCUAAUGAGUCUUCCUUCUUUUUAGUCAAAACUGUGAAGGGACUGAGCUCACUCCAGGUCCCUCCUGCCCCAGAAUUUACCAGAAGGGCUCUGUGAGCCUAAAAAGAGAGAUUUAGUGAAAGACACAUCAAGCUGACGCCAUUCUGGUCCGACUCCUUUCUAAUUGGCCUCGUCUGUUCUGCUUAUUUUUAGAACCAUGACUGAACCUUAAUUAAGAGCGACGUUGCUUUGAGUAGAUUGUGGCCUUGCUCUGUCGAAAUCCUAAUAGGCUUCUGAGUGCUUUACUUUUUCCUUCAUCUCCUGCCUAAUAGCUGGGCAGAGAGGCUGCAGCCAUGCAUUUGGAUGUCUGGAAAACAUCUCCUUGUUGUGCUCCCGCUCCUUUAGUGUGUCCAUCUUGGAGACAGGUCCAUCCCAGUGAGAAUUCAGAUGGUCAUUGCUGCUUUCUGUUGGUGCAGGUGCACACUCACCCUGGAAGGAGGGCACAGGUAAAUUUCUGGGAUCAGGAUCUCUCCAUGUACAAAGAUCCUGCUGCUGCAUGCAGCGGGAUAUGGCUCAGGACAGAGUGCCCAUGCCACAUGGGUUUUAUUAGGUUAGAAUUAUCACCAGCUUGAAAUCUUGACUGCUGUGAGGAUGACGUGGUAAGGAUGGGCAGCUGCCCUCUUGGCUUUCUCUCUUGUGACUCAGAGCUUGGGAUCAGAUCCAGGAGGCACAAGCUUUGCACUUGCAUCCAAAUUUUUCAUUUCUCCUAUAGCAGGAGGGUCUCUGCUGCAGGGCCCCCAUCCCUUCCCACCUCCCCAUGUGAUGGACUAGGCCAUGGCUAUCCCUUCCAGCUCCAGCAAAGUCCCACACAGCCACCCCGCCAACACAGCUGCUGGGGGAAAGCACAUCCACAGGGACUGUGGUUGUGAGUGAUGGCAGACUGACCCUCUGGCCUUAGUUCUCUUCUCUGCCCUGUCCCAUCUUCCUUGGACAUACUGACACCAGCCGCUCGUCAGAGCCAUCCCCCCGGGUCAUGGAGAUGUGCCCCGGUGACCACUGCUCCUGCCUGGAUCUGCAAGUGGAUUCUGCUCUCCUUGGAAGGUUUUGCUGCCUUCAUCUUCAGCAUUCCUUGUCUCUGCUGAGGAGGGGUUUGGAGCUUGUGGGGGCAGAGAAAAAUGAGCGUGAGGUCAGUGUACAAGAAAAUUUGUUCACAGUUCUCUUUUCAGGCACCUGGAUGGUGUUUCUGACAAAUGUGAGAACGAUGAAAGCAACUCCCCGCGAGCUCUGCGGGAGUAGAAAAAGAUGAGUUUAUUGGGGCAUUGAUGACCCUGAGUGUUGGUUAAUCAGCCACAACAUCCAUCUCUGGCUUUCACUCUUUAGCUUUCCAAGGAUGUGGAAAAAUUGCAAAUGGCAAUUUGAAGAAGCUGGGUUGUUUGCUCUGGUUGAAGAUGGGCCUUUUCACAUUGAAGGACUUGCACUCCUGAAGGAUGCUGGGCUUGAGGUACUUCUGAACUUGCAGAGCACUCAGGUUGUGUGUGUACUCCAGAACUGGCAAGGAACAGUAUGUGAAGAACAGGAAUCAGACUGAAUACACUUUUCUGGAUGCUUUUAGUUUGUAACCUUGAGAAAAAGAUAACUCAGCCUUUCAGUUAUACUGUGAAGAAAGCCUCAGAUGCUGAUUCAUUUGUAGAGUUAGUGCCAAAGCGUCUUCGUGAAGUUCCAUUCCUGUUUUGCAUACAAUAUAAAAAUAAUCCCCAGAGAUUACAGAGAAGAGCACAUUCAGCUCUUCCUAAUGAGAGAAAGCUGCAGAGCUGUUCCUGGUGAAGGGCCUCGGAGAUGUGAAUGUGGUCCCUGGAGCCCAGACUGCUCCCAGAGUGUGCCAGGCUGCCACUGAGGAGCCUCCGCUGGACCAGGCACGUUUCUGUCGACAAACACUGGGACCGGCACAGCAACGGGGAGCAGCCAGGCGGAGUGAAACUCCAGGCCGACCUCACUCCUGGCAUUCAACCAAACUCGCGGAGAACCAACCCGAUCCCAGCAUGAUGCAAAUAUCUCAGGGUACGCUUGGCAUCCCUUGGCAUCAGUCCUACCACUCCAGCUCCUCCACCAGCGAUCUCUCUGCAUACGAGCAUGGCUAUCUGAGGAGGAGUCCUGAUCAGUACAGCUCCCGGGGCAGCAUGGAGAGCUUGGACCACUCCUCCCCUGCCUACCACCCUUGCCACCUGUCCCCGGCCAAAUCCACCAACAGCAUCGACCAGCUCUCCCACCUCCACAGCAAGAGAGACUCUGCCUACAGCUCCUUCUCCACCAACUCCAGCAUCCCCGAGUACCCCGCGGCCCCGUUCGGCAAGGAGCACUCGUGCUCCCCGGACAGCGCGCAGUCCCGCGGGGGGCCGCCGGAGGGGAUGAGGCAGGCGGACAUCCGCUACGUCAGGACGGUGUACGACGCCCAGCAGCGCAUCUCCCAGGAGUACGAGGUGAAGCCCUCGGCCCUGCUUCCCAGCAGUGACGCCCGGGCCUCCCCGGACAGCCGCAGCCACGGCAGGCUCCAGGCCUUCAGCCGGCACAGCGCGGCCUCCUCCUGGGCACAGCCAGCCCAGGGCCCCUCGGACAGCAAGAGCCAGCCUCCCAAGGGACCCCCCCUGCCUCCCACUCGCAGCGACAGCUACGCAGCCAUCAGGCACCACGAGAGGCCCGGCUCAGGCGCCGGCAUUGAGCCGAACAAGCCCAGCCGGACCCAGCCGAAAGGGGCCUGGGCACCUCUCAUCAGCUCCCUGUCCCAGGGGCCGCUGCUGAAACCGCCCUUCGGAGAAGGGCACCUGCACACCGUGGUGGAGAAGAGCCCAGAGAGCAGCCCCACCAUGAAGCCCAAGCAGAGCUAUUCCCAGGCAGCCCAGCCAGGACAGCCCCUGCUGCCCACCGGUGUCUACGCUGUUCCCUCCCCAGAGCCGCACUACGCCCAGGUGCCCCGGCCUUCCGCCAGCAGCACUGGGACGCUUUACCCAGCUCUGGCCAAAGAAAGUGGGUACUCCCCAGCCCUCCCGGUCUCUUAUGACAAGGCCGUAGCCGGCGGCGCCCUGGGCUUGGAUGAGAAUGGAAACCAAAGCACUACAAACAGGUCAACCAUCUUCUACCAGCCCCCCGCCACUGAGAGAAAGCACGAAGCCAAACUCGUCCAGCAGAAACCUCCCAGCACAGCAGGCCCGGAGCUCUGCCUGGCUGCGCCGCGAAAGGAGGAGCUGUUACCCCCUUACAAGGCAGCACACAGCCACUGGGAGACCCCGGGUAGCACACAGGCGUCCAAGGCCAUUUUCCAGGCUCCACAACCCCAGCUGAAGGAUGCUAGUGAGAGGAAAACCCAUUACCAGCCCAAAGAGGACUGGACACCUGGAUCGCAGGAGGACAAAAGUGGCAAUGCACAGGUAAACGAGAGAGAUGCUGCUGCUCCCCACCCAUGGGGUCACAGCAAGGCCAAGCAGUAUGGCUUCUCUUCCUUGCAGAACAUCCCAGAGAGCUCCAGGAGGCAAAGCAGCUCCGAGCUAAGGGAAACGCAGCCAGGUGAGGGUUAUUCCAACACCAAACUGUCCUUCCUGAACAGCAGCAGCAGAGAGGAGAAGGAUCACAGGGAACAGGGGCACAGGCAGUGGAGCGAUGCAGACCCACAGGCCUUCACGAGGCAGGAGGAGGAGGGCACAAGCGUGGCUCUGUUCCAUGCUGCCGAGCCAAAGUGCAAAGAGCCCCCUUCUCCGCAGCUCCUAAAGACCUUGGAUUUUGGGAGGAGCCGGCUCAGCUCUAGCAGCACCCAAAGCUUUCCCUACAGCAGACCAGAGGCUGGCAAGCCCCGCUGCUCGGUGCUGGAGAAGGUCAACAAAUUUGAGCAGCGGGAGCAGAGCACUCCCCGGCCCCAGAGCGCUGGCAUUCCCAGCUUUGGCCAGCACUAUGGGCCGAGCAGGACGAGCCAGCCCUCCGGCACGAGGUGCUCCAUGCACAGCCCAGAGGACCUGAGGAGCAGGCUGCCCAGUGAGCCAGGCAGGGGCUCCAGCCCUUUUGUCAGGAACGGGAAGCUGGAAGAGGCUGACUGGCGCCCCAUAGAGCUGCAGAUGGUGGCUUCGGUGAAACAUGCAAGACCCAGUGAGUACUACAGCCUGUGUCCUGAAAAUGAGGUGCAAAUAAGGGCAGCUCAGCUACCGCGGAGUAAAAGCACAUUCCAGCUGGGAGGUGAGCCUGAGAAGGAGAUCCUCUGGAAGGAUAACGUCCAGGAUGCGCACGGGUCGCAGCUGGACACGUUGUUUAACAGGGCCUACAGGAACAGCAUUAAAGAUGCCCAGUCCAGGGUGCUGAGGGCCACUUCCUUCCAUCGCAUCAGCCCCCCGUUCGGUAACACGCCCAAGAAGCUGCCCCAGAGGCCUGCCUCGGCCCACGUGGGCCUGAGGAGCACGGCAGCAUCCCCACACACCCCCAAGGAGAGGCACAGCAUCACGCCCACGGAAGGCGGCUUCUCCGGCCUGGACUACGCCAGGACGCAGCACGUGCUGCGCAUCGGGGGCCGGAAGCGGCUGACAGCAGAGCAGAAGAAGCGCUCCUACUCGGAGCCCGAGAAGAUGAAUGAGGUGGGCAUGUCAGACGGGGAGCCGUCACCUUUCUCCUUGCAGAAGAAAAGCAUCCAUUUUGUCUUCCCAGAGAACACGGUGGCCGACCGGCGCAAGAUCUUCGAGAGGGACGGCAAAGCUUCCUCCACAGCCAGCUUGUCCAAGCCGGAGCUCAAGCAGCUCCAGCAGAACGCCCUGGCCGACUACAUUGAGCGCAAAACGGGGCGACGGCCAUCCUCGCAAGACAUCGGGCUGCUCCGGGAGCGCUCCCACAGCUCCUACCUGCAGCUGGGUGGCCCUGACAGCCAGAGCCUUUCCUCCACCUCCAGCAUGAAUUCCCUCCAGGACCAGAACCUCUACCGCCACAGAGAGUCCAUAGAGCGGAUAUCCAGGACAGGACGGAUGUCUUCCACCCUUCCUCCUGGGCUGAUGGACUACUUGGACACGAGUGGAGAUGAGAAGGUGCCAGGGCGCCACGACAGCCUGGUCACCAGCCAGCCCAAACCCGAGAGGUGCCGGGAUUACAGACCCAGAUCAGAUCUCACCAAAGGCACUCAGACAGACCCGCUGGGCAUGCAGGGCCAGCCUCGCUACAGGAAGCAGGAGCAGGUCUUUGAAACAUCCUCCACCGCCAGGAAAUCUGGAAAAUCGGUGUCUGUGGAAGACUUGCUUGAUAGGUACGACAAUCAGCCAGUCCCUGUGCAUGUACGUUCCAGGUCGUCUCCCACGGCGGAUAAGAAACACCAGGAGCUGCUGAGAAGGGAGAGCAGUGAAUUCAGCCCCAUGGUGAGGGAUCCCUUCUACAUGGUCAGUGCAGGAGCCAGGUCUUUCAGCAAGAAAGAAAGAAGCCACUCGGAGAAAAUGGCGUUCACAAGUUACUAUCCCCAUCCCCUCUGCAGCACCGAGGUUGUCACCGGGCCCAGCACGCUGGCUGAGAACCACAAGCUCUCAGAACUUUCCAGGCCAGAUAGCAGGACUUCUGCAUUUUUCCCAGCCCCAACAGAGGCAAGGAGUCACUACCCUGAGCAAAAGCAAGGCUUUAAAACCUUGUUCCUUAACCUUACUCCUUCUGGGUCUGGCCACUCUUCCCCUAAUACACCCACCCAGGCUCCCUCAGACUUCCAGAGCACAGGUGACAGCCAGGCUCCGAGACAGCACCACGCCAAACAAGAGGCUGUUCCCCCUGAGGGCAGCGGGAACGCUCAGGCUCAGCCUUUGGAUGCUGUCCAGGAUAGAUCCCCUGAGACUCCCACGGAAGAGGUGAUGUGGAGAAGGAAAGCCGGGCUGCUGCACAGGUCCCUCCCGCCCAAAGCAGCGUGGGCUCAUUCUGUCAGAGACAGCAGCUACGCAAGGGCCGUGGUGUCUCCUCCGGCAGCCGGGCCGAAGCCCUCCCAGAGGUGGCAGUCCUUGCCCACACAGAGCAGCACUUCCUCCGACCCAGAGACUCCUUCUCCCCCAGGCAUGACCCAGCUCCGGAUCUCGGAGUCGGGGCUGCUCUCGCCCCCGCCAUCGCUGCAGGACGAGGAGGACGAUGAGGUGUUUGUCGCGCCUUCCCAGCCACCCUUCUCUCCGCCAUCGCCAUCCCGUCCUCUUCCCGAGCUGAGCUCUUGCACUUCUGCCAACGGCACAGAGGAAUUCCCACCUCCUCCCCCACCCAUUGAGGGGAAUGGGGCAGCUGGAGACAAAUCCCCCCGGCUCCCAGAGGAGGCCAGCGUGAGCAGCUUCAAAAGCUUUCCCAAAGCCCUGGCUGAGAAGGAGAUAACAGGGUUGGGCACCAGCACCGGUGAAAAUAACUGGCCCCUCUUGCCAACCCCGUCAAAGAGGACUGGCUCUCCAUCUGCUGUGGAUCAGCAGCACCAGUCCCCUGCUGCUUCUGAAGGGCCUCAGAGCACUGACAGACAGCCCAUAACUCAGCCUGAAGGUAACCCCAGAGAGCCAGCAUUGGAAAAUGCCAGCCCAGACUCUAGGAUAACCAGCACAGCACCCCCAGUGAAGGCAAAGAAAAAGACCCCAGAGGAUAUUAAGUCAGAGGCUCUAGCAAAAGAAAUUGUCCAUAAAGACAAGUCUCUAGCUGAUAUCCUGGAUCCAGAUUCCAAAAUGAAGACAACCAUGGACUUGAUGGAAGGAAUUUUCCCCAGUGGAACCAGCUUGCUGAAGGAGAACAACAUGAAGAGGAAGAUGUCGCAGACACAAGCCAGCAGGGCGGCAGUGGCAGAUGACACGAGAGCGGAAAAGGAAGCUCCUGUCACUCUGGUCACCUGUCCUGCUUACUACAGCGUUUCAGCUCCCAAAGCAGAACUGCUGAAUAAAAUCAAGGACUUGCCAGAAGAAGUAGGUGAGGAAGAGGAGCUGCUGGACAUCAAUGAGAAAAAGGCUGAGCUCAUCGGGAGCUUGACCCACAAACUGGAAAUCCUGAAAGAAGCCAAGGAGGGCCUGCUCGCAGACAUCAAGAUGAAUAAUGCUCUCGGAGAGGAGGUGGAGCUGUUGAUCAGCACACAGUGCAAACCCAACGAGUUUGACAAGUACAAGAUGUUCAUUGGCGAUCUGGAUAAGGUGGUGAACCUCCUGCUCUCCCUCUCGGGACGCCUGGCCCGCGUGGAGAACGUCCUGAGCAGCCUGGGGGACGAUGCCAACAGCGAGGAGCGGAGUUCACUGAACGAGAAGCGGAAGCUGCUGGCUGGCCAGCACGAAGAUGCCCGGGAGCUAAAGGAAAACCUUGACCGUCGGGAACGGGUGGUCUUGGACAUCCUGGGCAACUACCUCUCUGAGGAGCAGCUCCAGGACUACCAGCACUUUGUGAAGAUGAAGUCUGCGCUCCUCAUAGAGCAGCGAGAGCUCGACGACAAAAUCAAACUGGGCCAGGAGCAGCUCAAGUGCCUGAUGGAAAGUCUCCCCACAGACUUCACGCCCAGGGAUGCAGCAGCAGCAGCUGCCCUGGCUGCAGCACUUGCUACCUCCUCUGGAGUCGGUGGUAAAACACCUCCAGCAGCCUCUUCCUCACUCUAACCUGUCCCAGGUGGAGCUGGGAUACAGCCCUGCCAGAGUCCCUUUAAUCCGAGUACUUGGCAGAUGGUUCUCUUCAAAGACAAUGGACAGAGACAGGUCUAAACUAAGAUUUUAAUGAAGGAAAAAAAAUAGCAAUAAUAAAGGUUUUAUUUUCCUUUCCUUCCACCUCUGCUUCCUGGAAACUUAAAUCAAUGUGGAGGGAAAUCUCCUCCUGCCAGAGAUGAGGAAGAAUCUCACAGGAAUUAAACACAUGACCUUUAAUAAAAAACAUGACCUCUUCUCUUCCCUCCCUUUUCUGCCUACCUGUCACCUCAUUAAAUAAUGAAGGAUCUAAGAAUGAAGCCUUAAAAAUAAAACCAACCCAUUUUACUGAACAAUAUUGAUAUUUAUAUUUUUUAAAGAACAAGACAGAAUGUGUAAGUUUUUGUACAUACUCUAAUCAGUUACUUGAUUCUACUUUGUUCUGUAUGUAGAAAAGACAUUUAAUUUUGUAUUUUGUGAAGACCUUAACAAAAAGAGGGAACCCCAAAGAUAGUCGUGCAGUAGCUUGAAACAUCUCAUCGUGGUUUUGUUGCUGUUGUGGUUGUUUUUUAAUAUAAUAAAGGGCUACAAGAAGCAGCUUCA